UUUACAGUUAUACUUCACAACGCAAAGAAGCUUGAGCUCAGAAAGCGACUGCCUUCAGGAGGACAUUUUCCUGUUUUACUAAAGAGAGACAAAUUGAACAAGAUGAAACUGAUUCUGCUCCUCCUCAUCUCCUGCUUCGCCUUACAUAGCACAAAGGGAGCACCAAGGACUGCUGUGUAUAACUUUGUGAGAUGUAACCCUGAUGGUGACCAGGCCAACUGUGUGACUCAACAAAGCCCAGAGAUGGAGUGGAGUCCAGAUCUGCCAACAAAACUGCCUGCUUCUGCUGCAGAGUAUCUGGAAGCAGAGCCUGUGGAGGAUGAGAAUUCACCAAUGGAGGAGAACGAUGAGGACGAGCAGGAAGACGAGGAGGAGGUAGAGGAGGAGGAAUCGAAACUGAGCGAGUCACCUGGGAUAUUCCUGGGCGAGGAAGGUUCUGGUGGUUACGAAGGCUCUGCAGCUGAAGGUCCAUACAUGGCGGACAAGAGCAACCUCGGUGAGACUGGUUCUGGCAUGCUCUGGAAAGAAAGUGAAGAUAUGAGUGACCUGAGGAGGCUGUUCGCCAGCAGGCAUAUCAGCGAUGAGGUAAAACCCGAUGAUUACAAAGAAGACCACCUUCUGCAGCUGUAGACUGGACCACCACCCACUCCGAAGCACAUAAACAAGGCUGGCAUCUAAUUUAAUUCCCUGUCUGGGCUGAUAGUAAACUCCACCUGCUGGGAAAAAACAAAUGCCAUUUUUUUGUACUCUCUGUGUUAUUGUUAUUAAUUAUUUUCAGCAAGGCCAAAACAACGACUGUAAACAAUGUGAAAAUAAUUGUGCCAGUAUUGUGCUUUCCUAUGGAAAAAAGCUUUCAAAUGCUUUUUUAAAUAUAAAUAAAUAUAUUCUUUUAAAUCAUUGUAAUACCAGUGCAAUAAAAGCAUGCCUUUGUCCAUGCAUUGCAUUACUCCAGCCAUUUUUUUUUUUGAGCUUUAAGGAACGUGUUCCUUAGAAACACUUAUUUAAAUUAUUUGAUCCCUUUAUUCACAAAUCCUGCAACAUUUUAUGCUUAACCUGAGAAUAUUGAAAAAUAUUCCGGCUCAAGAUUUGAAUGAGAUCAUCUUUAAGACGCAAACCCCUCAGAAAUGGGUUCAGGAAGUCCUAACCAGAGUUGGAACAUAUUCGAAAUAUGUACUAUAAACACAAACGCAUUUUAACAGACUCUGUAAUUUCGAUUUGAAACAAUUUCUAUCAAUAAAGUGUUUAUUUUAUCCCUA